CUCUUGCAGGAAAUCCAACGCACACGCUGUCAAGCUAGUAACCACAUCAGCCUGGAAGCGUCCGGCGGCAGAGAGACUGCUGGCUCAUCGAUCGUUAGCUUUUGUUCUUUUUGGUUAAUCGAUAAUAUUCACGUUUGAAGAACUGUUAUAUUAUAUAGUGAUUUCUUGGUCUGGUCUUUGCAUCGCGCAGACAAUGGCUGAUCCAAAAUACGCAAAUUUGCCAGGAAUUGCCUUUAACGAGCCGGACGUGUACGAGACAGGUGACCUUCCAGAAGAUGAUCAGGCUCAGUUUGAGUCGGAGGAGCUCUGCAGUGACAGCGUGGAGAGGAUUGUGGUCAACCCCAAUGCAGCCUAUGACAAGUUCAAAGACAAGCACGUCACCACCAAGGGACUUGACUUCUCAGACAGGAUAAGCAAAAGCAGAAGAGUGGGCUACGAGUCAGGAGAAUUUGAAAUUCUCGGAGAGGGCUGUGGAGUGAAGGAGACGCCCCAGCAGAAGUACCAGCGCCUGGUGAACGAGAUCCAGGAACUCACUCAGGAGGUGGAUGCCAUCCAGGCUGCCACAAAUGAAAGCAAUGCAGAAGAGCGCCUGACCCCGGUAGUACUCGCGCAGCAGGCAGCCCAGCUCAAACAGCAGCUGGUUUCUGCCCAUCUCGACUCACUGCUGGGACCACAGGCACACAUCAACCUGGCUGACCCAGAUGGCGCGCUGGCCAGGCGUCUGCUCACCCAGCUGGAAGCGGCCAAGGGCAGCCGUGGCAGCACCGCAGGAGACACCAAGCCGACGGCAUCAGCUAAGGGCCCAGAUGGAGUGGUACUCUACGAGUUGCACAGCAGACCAGAGCAGGAGAAAUUCAAUGAGUCUGCCAAGAUGGCUGAAUUGGAGAAGCGUCUCGCUGAGCUGGAGAUCGCUGUUGGCUCAGGAUCAGACAAGCAGGGACCUUUGAGUGCUAGUGUUCAAGGAGCAAGCUUGAUGGACACCAUAGAGCUCCUGCAGGCGAGGGUCAGCGCACUGGACUCUGCUACUCUGGAUCAAGUGGAGGCCAGGCUGCAGAGUGUGCUCGGAAAGAUGAAUGAGAUUGCUAAGCACAAAGCAGCGAUUGAAGAUGCUGAUACACAAAACAAGGUGUCGCAGCUUUAUGACGUGGUGCAGAAGUGGGAUGCCGUGUCCACUUCUAUACCUCAGGUGGUGCAGAGGCUUGUCGCUGUCAAAGAGUUGCAUGAGCAAGCCAUGCAGUUUGGCCAGCUGCUGACCCACCUGGACACCACUCAGCAGAUGAUCAACAACUCUCUGAAGGACAAUAACACCCUGCUAACACAGGUCCAACAGACAAUGAAGGAAAACCUGGUGGCUGUAGAAGAGAACUUCGCUGCGUUAGAUCAGAGGAUGAAGAAACUCUCCAAAUAAACGUUGGCAGAGUUUGGACCGGUCCAGGAGAGUGUAGAACAUGGACAAAUAAGAGUUGACUAGAGAGCACAGAGGUGGGGGGUGGGUUGGGGUUUAACUCUGUCCUUUCUGGUCAUCCCUCUCUUGCUCUCUACUUCGCCUCUGCCUUUUUUUCACAAAGUGGAAUGUUAGAAAGUUUGGAAAAGAUGGAAUAACAAAAGAAGCCCAAAUGUUCUUGUCCACCCUCCUUUCCUCUUCCUUUCUCUUGCAUCAAAUUCACAUCAACUGAAAACACAUUUGUCCACUCUAUACAUGCCACUGAUUGCAGUCUCCUGUUAAGCUUAUUGAGUUUUAGACUGGAUUGUUUUUAUAAUUAUUAGUAUUAAACAUAAGAAAUUCCUCCAUUUCCCUUUGGAACUGUAUUCUCUGGCCAAAUAAAUGGAUCACUGUAGUGUUGGGUUGAUGGAUAAAACAUUAAAUAUGUUAAGUGUAAAAAAGAGAGAAAGUCAAGAUCUGUUGUGUUGUAGCAGGAAGCACGUUCAUGAGUGUUGGGGCCACGGAAGGAGAGCUUGUAAAUAUGCCUGUGUACCUUAUUGUUUCUUCAUACUCAGUCGCUUGUAACUAUAUUAUUAUGACUGAGACCAGACACCACAGACAAACUUUUAAUCUGCUUUGUCAUUGCCUACAAGUCAGCUGUAUUGUACAUCUGUGGUCAUGGAAACUGAUCAAUAAAACAAAGUGCGAUA